UGGAGGCUUCCGCUUGACCACCAUGAAGUGCGGGGUAGCAUUCUACGUGACAUGGGCGGCGUGUAUGGGCCUAGUACAGGCAGCAUCCAGUCCUUCUGUCAGUGUUUCUCUGAGGACGUCGUGGAAGGCGCCUUCAAUUCUUCUCGAAAUCAUAGAAACCGUCUCACUGGAAAACCCCAGCGCCUUCUUCCCCUUGCUGGACAUCCUUACGAACUCACACUCUUCAAAUCUCCCAGAGCAUGCCACACCCGAGGCAAUAUACCAAUACGCUCUCGAGACCACCGUGUCGGAGGGCCUGCUGAAGGAGCCCUCCGCUAAAGCCCUGGUGGAGAUGAACGUCGCCCUUCACGCGGCUACGCCGAAGAUUGAGGCAUUCUAUCAGUACUACCGCGAUCGGCACGGGGGUCUAGACGAGGAGUGCCGGUCCUGGGUCGAUUGGUAUAGCCAGAAAGUACAUGAUGUAGAGACACUCGCCCACCUCGCGGGGCAUGAAACUAUUGAUCCCAAUUCCUCCUCGAACGAGACAUCCAUACCCGCGCCCUUCCCUAAACCGAAACUGCUCCCAUUCGACCAUGUGUAUCCGCCACUAUCGCAUUUGCGUGACCGGCCUCCGCAUACGGCCAUUUUGUAUGGGUCGCCCGACACUCGGAACUUCCGGGAGUUGCAUGAAUACCUAUUGUCCCUGGCUAACGAGUCGACCCCGCGCGUCGAGUACGUGUUCCGCCAUAAGCCGCCGUGUAAUAAACCGGCGGAAGGCAACGAACAGAGCUAUCUAUCUGGAUAUGGCGUCGCCAUGGAUCUGAAGAAGAUGGACUACCUGGCCUUGGACGAUAGGCGCGCUGCAGGCCAAGAAAAUGCACUCGUCGACGCCAUCUCCGUCGACCCGAUCCUCAGCCUCCUGCAAGAAUACCCAGAGAACAGUACCGCAGAUUAUACCGCGCAGCUAGACGAGACCGAGCUAAUAGGCAAGUCCGCUCCUUACCUGAUCGUCAACUCAUCCGCGCCCCUCGCGACGCUCAAACACCUCGCGCAGAACUUCCCGAAGUACUCGAAGGCGAUCGCGCGCCGCGUGGUCAUCAACGAGAGCCUCCUCGAGGAGGUGGGUAGUAACCAGCUGAAGGCGCAGCCCGGCGCAAGCAUGGUGUGGCUGAAUGGGAACCCUGUGCCGGAGCAGGAUAUGAAUCCUUUUGGGCUGUUGAAGUUGCUCCGAAAAGAACGCACGUUGGUCGGGGCACUCGCGUCGCUGGGAUUAACGCCGGCACAGGCAGUGGAUCUGCUGACGCACCCCGCGAUAUCGGCUUCGCAGGGCGGGUCAGACGUCCUCGAUGGUAUAUUCGACGCGAGUGACAGGCCCGAAGGCGGGGAUGUCAUCGUGUGGUGGAAUGACUUGGAGAAGGAUGGGAGAUAUGCAAGGUGGAGUCCGACUAUCCGCGGUAUCCUCAGGCCGAUUUACCCUGGCUCGUUCCACAAUAUCAAGCUGAACCUGUGGAAUGUCGUACUCGUGGUGGAUCUAUCACAGUCCAGCAGCUUGAACUUCCUCGUAGGGACGGUCUCGAAUAUCAUCCAGCGGAAUUUCCCGUUCCGAUUUGGCGUCGUGCCUGUCGUGGAGACUGAAGAGGGGCUGAAGAUGGCGCGGUUGUUUUACUGGCUCGUCAAGACGUACGGACGGGCGAAGACUAUGGGGUUCAUGAGGAAGAUAUCCCAAGUCCAAGGUCGCCCGCAGUACCUCUCUCCCACCGUCGACUGGCAUACUGUGCAGUCCGAACUCCAGGCCCUCAUAAAGAGCGAAGAGCCUCCCACGUCAGACUUCGUACCUCCGACCCUUGAUGCUAUCCUUGAAGGCGACGGUGAUGAGCGUGACAUACAGGCCUCGAAGGAGUACUGUACACGUCUUGGAGCAACUCUGGGUGCGAGCCCGACUGGGCACGCGUUUGUCAACGGAAAACACUACGACUUGGACGAUGACUUCUUGAGGCAUAUGCAGAUCGAGGUCGGGGCACAGCUACAGCACAUACAGGAGAAGGUGUACAUGGGGGAGAUUACAGACGAGACGGCAGAGAGCAUCUCCACGUAUUUCUACGACUUACCGAGUGCUAGCAAGCGCCGGCAUCCCCUCAUAUACCCUGCAGCUUCCGCGCCCAAUAAGCCUGGCAGUUUGCAGAUCAGGAGCUUGCCAGAAGUGUUCGCGAGAAUAGGCAGGCCACUCGGGGUAGAGAGCUACUUGUAUCCGCCGGGAUCAUCACAGCUUGCACUCAGUACAUAUGUCGUGGCUGAUUUCGACACGACCGAGGGCAUGGCGUUAUUGAUGAAUGUGCUACAAUCUAUGGAUGAAGCUUCUCCUUCACGUCUUACCUUCAUCCACAAUCCAGCCGUAUCAGGAGUCCCGUCUUGGACCGAACGGCCAAUGUCGACCCUGCUGUCGCACCUGGUGCAGAACGGUCUUCUUCGCGGAGCUACCCCGGAGAAGCUUUUGAAGUUGCUGGGACUUGCAUCGCCUGCUACACAGGACAGACAUCCUCAGAUUGUCAUUUCCAACGAGGACGCAUUCGAUGACUUAAUCGCCGGAAUAGGCGCCUCCGACGCAGAAGUACAUACCGAGACGUAUCGCGACUACGUUAGCUUGAGCCAAUCCCUGGUGAAGGAACUAGGUCUACCUGCCGGUGAACAGGCGUUGAUCGUGAACGGUCGUACGAUAGGCCCCUUGAAAGGUGCCCAAUUCUUGGCUGACGACUUCAAAGAACUCUACACCUAUGAGUUGCGCAAGCGUGUAGAGCCUGUGUCCCAGGCUUUGCAGGAAGUCGCAAGUUCUCUGGAUUUCUGCCCGCACAUAAUCUCAAUGGGCACGUUCACCGAUGUCGUGUCUUUGGCUUCUUCCAUAAUAUCCGCGAUGCAGAUACCAGAUCCUAGCGAGUCCGGUCUAUUCAAUGCAGCAUACAGGCCUCGCACUCGCAAUUAUAGGCUGAUGGAGGGAAAUUAUACCCGGUUCGAAGUUGGAAACGCUGCCACCGCCCUUCAUCAAUUUGGAGUCAUCCUCGACCCGCUGAGUGAGGCAGCCCAAAAGUGGUCAAGCCUUUUCGAGUGGCUAUCGAAUAUUGACGAAGUCUACGUCGAAGUUUACGUGCAUCCUGCAGGCUACAGUGACAUCCCGCUGAAACGCUUCUAUCGCUAUAAUCUGACCCCGAAGUUAUCAUUUGACCCGGAAGGCCGCGAAGUUCGUAUUGCCACCGUCUUCGAGGAUUUACCCUUGGAGCCUAUCUAUACCCUGGGCAUGGAUGUUCCCCCAGCCUGGUUGGUAAGGCCCAGAGAAGCCCAGCAUGAUCUCGAUAAUAUCCAGCUUGGGGCAGUAUCAGUGAAAGAAUGGUCUCGUGGUGUCCAAGCGGUAUUCGACCUCGACCAUCUAGUAAUCGAGGGUCAUGCCCGCGACACGCUCACUAACGCGCCUCCGCGAGGGUUGCAGCUGCAGUUAACGACCGCGAACUCCACCCCCGUGGCUGACACGCUAGUGGUGGCGAACCUAGGAUACUUACAGUUCAGGACAAAGCCGGGCGUGUUCCAGCUCGAAAUAAGGGAGGGUCGCGGAAGAGAGAUAUUCAACACAGAAAGUGUCGGCAAUGAAGGCUGGGACAGCCCGUCUGUUGACGAAGUGGGCAACGAGGUCACACUGACCAGUUUUGAGGGCUUGACCCUGUAUCCGCGGUUCGCCCGCAAGACUGGCAUGGAGAGGGAGGAUGUCUUGGAAGACUAUGAUGACCUGCUUGAAGAGUCUGACUCUGAUAGUAUCGUUCAGAAGGUUUGGACAUCGAUAUCCUCUUUCUUUGCGCCGAAGUCGGAAGCACCGAAGACACAGGCCUUAGAGCCCCAGCAAGCGGAAAUCAAUAUCUUCACAGUGGCAUCUGGUCUUCUCUAUGAGAGAUUUUUAUCUAUCAUGGUUCUUAGUGUCCUGCGUAACACGAAGAGUACCGUCAAGUUCUGGUUCAUAGAGAACUUCCUAUCACCGUCUUUCCUGGAAUUUAUCCCCCAUUUUGCUGAAGCGUACGGUUUCCAAUACGAACUGGUGACCUACAAGUGGCCUUCGUGGCUCCGCGCGCAGAAAGAGAAGCAGCGAAUCAUCUGGGCAUACAAGAUCUUAUUCCUUGACGUCCUGUUCCCAAUGGACCUCAAGAAAGUCAUCUUCGUGGAUGCGGACCAGAUUGUGAGGACUGAUCUGAAAGAGCUUGUCGACUUGGACCUGCAUGGCGCUCCCUAUGGGUACACACCUAUGGGCGACGAUAAUGUCGAUAUGGAGGGUUUCAGGUUCUGGAAGACCGGAUACUGGAAAGAUUUCCUGCAAGGACGACCGUACCAUAUUAGUGCGUUGUAUGUCGUCGACCUAGUCCGUUUCCGUCAGAUGGCCGCUGGGGAUAUCUUGCGCGGUCAUUAUCAGCAACUCUCUGCUGAUCCCAAUUCUCUCGCGAAUUUGGACCAAGAUCUUCCGAAUAAUUUGCAGAGAGAAGUUCCCAUAUUCUCGUUACAUGAAGAUUGGCUAUGGUGUGAAACAUGGUGCAGCAAAGAUCGUCUUCAUAGAGCGAAGACCAUAGAUUUGUGUCAGAAUCCUCUAACAAAAGAGCCCAAGCUAGCUCGGGCACGUCAGAUACCCGAAUGGGAAGAGUACGAUCAAGAAAUAUCCAGGUUUGCACGCAAACUCGCGGAGGAGGGCUUGAUCCAUUCAGAAAUUACGGCAGCGGGCGCAGACAUCCUCGCUAGCGUGGCUGCUGGUGCAGCAACUCCCGUAGCUGACAGGUCGGAAGCCGCGCAGGACAAGACGGAGGGGAAGUUGCCUGUUCACGAGGAGCUGUGA